AUGGCGGGGAUCGCUGCCCGGCUGCUCGGGGCGCUGUGCCUCGCCGCCUGCCUGCCCCCGGCGCUCGGCAGGGACGCCGGAGCGCAGUGGACCCUGCAGAAGUAUUCUCACCAACCAAGAAUUUUAGGUUCUGAUGCUAUUCAAAAAGUUGUGGCCAACACAGAUAUUUCUGCAAUGUGGGAGAAUGAUUUGCGCCCUAUCCUGAUAGAAAGAUACCCGGGAUCACAAGGAAAUUACAUUGUGCGACAGCAUAUCGAGCACCGUCUUCAAACCUUAAAGGCUGGUUGGGAAAUUGAAGAAGAUACAUUUCAGAGAUACACACCAUAUGGCUAUAAAACAUUUACAAAUAUUAUCGGCACUCUUGACCCCUCUGCAAAACGCCAUCUCGUACUUGCUUGCCAUUAUGACUCAAAAUUCUUUGGACAACAAUGGCAGGACAGAGUGUUCGUGGGAGCAACUGAUUCAGCUGUGCCUUGUGCUAUGAUGUUGGAGCUGGCACGGGCCUUGGAUAACAAGCUUCAGUUAAUCAAGGCCAGCUCAACGCCAAGACCAGACCUUUCACUUCAGCUCAUUUUUUUUGAUGGUGAAGAAGCCUUUGUUCGGUGGUCCCCUUCUGAUUCCCUCUAUGGAUCUCAACACUUAGCUCAAAAAAUGGCAUCGACUCCACACCCACCUGGUUCAACAACCACAAACCAGCUGCAGGGCAUAGACCUGUUUGUACUACUGGAUUUAAUUGGUGCACCAAACCCAGUCUUUCCCAAUUAUUUUCAAAACACUCUUCGAUGGUUUCAGAGGCUUCAAGCAAUUGAGAAAAAGCUACACAACAUGAAUCUGCUGAAGAAUCACCGUGUUGAAAGUCAGUAUUUCCAGAGUACUUUACAUCGAGGCUUGGUUGAAGAUGAUCACGUUCCAUUUUUAUUAAGAGGGGUUCCAGUCCUCCAUCUGAUUCCAUCCCCUUUUCCUGCAGUAUGGCAUACCAUGAAGGACACAGAAGAAAACCUUGACAGAGCCACUAUUGACAAUCUCAACAAAAUCCUGCAAGUGUUUGUGCUGGAAUAUCUCAACCUGUGACAGACAAAACAUCAACAAAUUGCACUCCAUUCACACUACUGUUUGCCUACCUUCACACUUGCUAUUUAAUUGCAUUGGAGAGUACCAAGGUGAAGAAAAAUGUGAUAGUUCUUGCUAGACUUAUUACUGAUUGAGCUGUUCCUG